AUGGGGCUGCGGAGCCAGAGCAGGCCGCGGAGGGGUUUGCCUCAGCCUCUGCUGUGCUGCUUCCUGCGCUCAGUGUUCCCCGAGCGGGAGGGGGCUGCGGUGCCCUGGGUCGAACUAGGCAGCGGCUCGGCGCUUCCCGAUCUGGUCCAGCAAGAUGAUGAUUCCAGCAGCGAUUAUGCCAGCGGUGAUAAACCAGGGACUGCUUUAGGAAGGACUAUGCCAAAUGGGAAUGUACUUUUUCCGGAUAUUUUUCACACUAAUCAUCUUUUGUUUUAUGAACGAUUUAAAGCUUACCAGGAUUAUAUCUUGGCUGACUGCAAAGCUUCUGAAGUGAAAGAAUUCACAGCCGAGUACCUGAUGAAGGUCCUUGAACCAUCUGGAUGGCAGGCAGUCUGGCGCACUAAUGUGUUUGAGGUCCUUGUUGAGGUUGUUGAUGUGGAGUAUUCAGCUCUGAAAGCGGUUGUGCAACUCAGUGAACCUUUCCUUUGUGAGUCGCGGCACAGCAACUUUACCUUGGAGUGCGUGCAGGAGCUCUUGGAGCUGAAGGAGCGUAAGAUACACCUGCAGGAGCUGUGGGUUGUGUAUGACAAGUCAGGAGAGUUUGACAGCACAGCACUAGCUGUAGAGCAUGUCAGGUUCUUCUAUGAAUGCAUCUGGAGGACCUGGGAUGAGGAGGAGGAGGAUGAUUUUGAUUACUUUGUGCGAUGCGUUGAGCCUCGACUGAAAUUGCAUUAUGACAUCCUUGAGAACCGUGUGCCUUCUGGACUUGUAGCCAAUUACCAGAACUACUUGUCUCAAUGUGAAGAGCUUUACAGCAAGUUUUUAGAUGUGAGGAGCCGCCUAUCAAGCAGUGAUUUGGACUCGGAAGUAGAAAAUGUCUCCUUGGUGGAAGGACUAAAAUUGUAUGAGAAUAUAGAGCACUUAAAACAAAAGCUAAAACUAAUUGAGAAUCCUCUGCUGAGGUACGUGUGUGGUUACCAAAAACACAGCGGUCUCCAAGCUAAAGGAUUGAGACCAACGGGUGACAAGAUCAUUCACAUUGUGUCCUCAACCAUGGUGGCAAGUAUGCUGCAGUCAUUGAUAAGGGACAAACUUUGCCCUGAAUCUUGUGGUGAAGAACAAGAAAUACAGUUUCACAAGGAUCCACUGGCAGCUAUAAAUGCCUGUUAUGAAGGAGACAGAGUCAUCAUCUGUCCUGGUCAUUAUGUUGUAGAUGAUGUGUUCUGCAUUGCUGAUUCAGUUGAACUAGAAGGAUAUGGCCUGCCAGAUGAUAUUGUGAUAGAAAAAAGAGGGAAAGGAGACAACUUUGUUGACUGUACAGGAAACAAUGUAAGGAUCUCCAGUUUGAAGUUAGUGCAACAUGAUGCUGUGGAGGGGAUUUUAAGUGUCCAUCAGGGGAAAACAACCCUGGAGAAUUGUGUGUUGCAAUGUGAAACUGCAGGUGUAAUAGUACGAACUUCAGCUGAGCUGUUAAUGAAAAACUCAGAUCUGUAUGGUGCCAAGAGUGCUGGUGUGACAAUAUAUCCAGGUAGUACAUGCAUCCUAUUGGGCAAUGGCAUACACCACUGCAAGGAAGGAAUACUCAUAAAGAACUUUUUAGGUGAACACCAUGACAUCCCCAAGAUAACCAUGGUCAAUAAUAUGAUCCAUAAUAACGAAGGAUGUGGUGUGGUGCUGGUUAGACCAACAAUGCCCUCUGAUGUGAAGGAUGCUUCAGCAGAGAGAGCAAAAGGGAAUACUCAGCCUAUCCAGUCAGGCAAUGGGACAGCAAGUGUAGAGGACUUCAGGCAAGAACUGCCACCUGAAUUAUUAACUGGUGAGUUGGAGCUUUAUGAGCAAACUGAGACUUCUGAACAAACUGAAAGCAAUUACAAAAUUGCACAUGAACUCAUGGUUAGUUCUGCAAAGAAGAGCCAGAUGGAGAAGAGAAGACCGAGUGAACUGGGAAUUACACAAGCUGAUGACAACUUAAUAUCACAGGAAAUGUUUGUUUCUAUUGUGGGCAAUCAGUUCAAAUGGAAUGGAAAAGGAAGUUUUGGUACCUUUCCUUUCUGUCCUGACUCCUAAUGGCAUUGCAAUAAGAGAUUAGCAUAAGCUCUUGUUUUCACUGCUGCUUUCCAAGGAGUUAAUCUGUUCCAUUAGCCUUCCAUAAUGUUACUAAAAUAUCGCAAGUAUUUAUUAAUAGUAUAUGUGUAUAGUAUGUGGGAACUUUGCUUCCUUGCUGCAAAUAUGGAUAACAUGGUAGAAUACAGAACUCUAGCAUGGAGACUGUGCAUGUAUUCUGCUAAUCUAUAGAUGCUGCUGCUUUGCUGGCUCUGAUUAAUUUGUUUGAUGUAUUUAAGUUCUCAUUGUACAAAAAAAUCCCCCCAUACCCAAUCAAAACCUGCAAAGAAAGAAAAUAUAGAUAAGGUAUAGAUAGGGUUCAUCAUGGAAGAGUGGACAACAAAUGCGCAGCAUUAUUGAUAUGUCUUCAUAUUUUUUUAAAGCAACACUUUAAAGCUGACUCCUGUGAGAUACGGACAUACUCUUGAAUUUUUUGCAUUGAACAGAAGCUAGUGAAAUGGUCUUCCUUAGGACUGUAAUGGUUGGCUUCAUACUUGAAGGACUACCUAGAAAAAACUAGAAUCUGGAAGGGUAACAUCAUUCAGUCUUCCACAUCUUCCUGUGCUCAUCUGUUUACUUUCAACAGCUACCAAUGCUUGUGCAUCUUUUCUUUAGGAAAAACAGCAUCUAAUUGAACUCCAUUAAUCUGAACAGGGAGAAAUCGAAGUGGAUGUCUCUUAGUGGUAUACAUACUGUACUUUUGCAUUCUGAAACUUUUAAAACCAUAUGCAGCUUGUAGCAGCUGAGGUUUUGGAAAUGAAUGGGAACUUUUUAAAGUGACUUUCCACUGCAGCCUUACUAGGCCAGAGCUGUGGAACAUUCCGUAAAACAAAGACACUUCACUGGCUUGCUGUUGCACAUUAUUAGCUCUUACUUGAGGGAAAAAAUGGAAGGACUCUGACUGAGAGCUCUCCCUUUUCAGGGCCUGUCUGAGUUUUAAUUGCAAAUUUACAUGCCUUCUUCAAAAGUUCAUUUCUGUCUUCAGGAGUUGUAGGGCAGGGUUUGAAUUGGUGUGUAAAAUGUAUGUAGGAAAACAUACAUCAUAAAUAACUCCCAAGUGAUUCAUGAUGUCUUAUGAAACAGAAUCAGAUACAGUGUUAAGAUGGUGAAAAGCAUCUUGGCAGUGCAUUGGCUUUGGAAUAUCUUGUGCAAGCAGCUUAGCAGGUUUAUGCUUUCACUGGAAAGGAAGGAAUGCGUUGCCUGGAAAUGGAUAAGAGCCUGAUCCAGAUUCUUCACUCUAGCCAUUCUUAAAUAGAGAUAACAAUCAGAAUUCUCUUCAGUACGUGCCUUUUAGUGUGAGAAGCUGAUAGAAAGGGAAAGAGGAGUAACUCAUAGGCAUUUUUUUUCCACUGUGUGAAGCACAGAAUUUGUUGCAGAUUUCCCGAUCCACUACUGCUGGAUUUGUCCUUGGGAAACUUGACUUCAGCACUUAGCUUUGCAUUUUGAUGAACAUAAAUGCCAUUGCAGUAUCUCAACAUGUAGAAACCAUAAAUGUUUGCCACUUAGUUAGUAUGAAGAAAUACUUGAGUCAAGUGAAAGUCAAAUGCCAAUGCCUGUAGUAGUUUAGUAUCUUAAGCUAUUCAUCAAGUCACUUGCCAUGUUUCAUGCCUUGAUGUUUUGCCUAUAUUUCCUGAGUAAAAUCCUUAUUAAAGAACUGGGGCUAAAAACGUUGUUCUCUCAUAUUUUCAAAACUAAUUCUCCUGAGUGAGCAGCCUUUGUGGUGUGUAGGUAGCAUUUCUUUCCCUUGCACUGUGUUUUAGGCUUGGUUUAUCUCUUGAUGGCCUCUGAUCUCAAUGUUUUAAAAUUCAACUUUAUGUUUAUGAAGACAGAGAUAAAAAUAUAACCCUUACGCUUCUAUUACCACCAUUUUUAUUACUAUUUUGCCUCUUCCUGUGCCAGAUGCCAACAGUGAUUCUUCUGUGCAGGUUGUCAAUAGGUCAAGGAGUAGAAUGUGAAAAGAUGAGGCUGCUACUACAACUUCCAGUCAUUUCCUUUAUGCAGAAACUGCAUAUAAAAUUGUGCUUAAACUCUUGAGGAGACUUGAUUCUCAAGGAACUAAGCUCUGAAUGACACAGAAGGAGGAGAAAUGGAGGAAAUAGAAAUGAAUGUAUGUGUCCAGUAGAUAUCACUUGGUUGUAACUCAUAACAUCACUGUCCAAAUACUUUUAAUACUACACAUGCCUUGGAAGACAAUGCUCAUGUAAUUGAAAUGUGUAGCAGGCCACUUUUUUAAUAGAUACUGAUGCAACUCAGCAAUUCACGUUUUGAUGUCGUGUGCAGGGGAAUAGGCUGGAGGUGUUGGACUUCUCUGAGAUUAACUUUCAAACAGCUCUUUGAUUCAGUUCCUCCUUAUGCCCACAGGCAGAUAUCUUACUUUACUUAGUGAAAUGGUCAUCCAAAUCUAGCACUAGUAGUUACCCAUCCCUCCUAUUUUACAAAUGCUUUUAUUCCUGUGGCUCAUUCAGGAACAUUAGUGUUUAGACUAAUUUCAGCUUUUGUCAUGCUUGUUCAUAGUUGAUCUUGACUGACUCCUGUGAUUGCUGCUCUAGUAGGUUCACUAGCAUGUCAUGAUUUGCAGGUUGGGUCACUUGUACUGUAUGAUGCACUUGUGUAAUAUUUGGUACGUAAGUGGUUAUUCUCAACCCGCUUGAGUAAGACCUUAAAUCUCACAGCUGAAAAUUAAACUUGAAAGCAGUAGCCUAACAGAAAUACCACUUUAUUUGAGAGUCCUCAAAGUCUUUUAGAUCUUUCCUUCAAAAGCUUAAAACAUGCCGUUUUGUUCAAACACUUCUCCCCAGGUGUGGUGAGCUUAUUUAAUAGUGUGAAGCAUGUUUGUCAGAAGUUAUUAAUUAAUUAUAUGUAAUUUAUCACAUUAGCACAUUCUUAGUCCUCAUGAAGUGACCAUAUGGAGCUAUUUUUAAAGGAAGUGCUAUUCACCAAUGUGCUACUGCAGUUUGGAAAAAAAGCACUGCAGGUUAAAGUUCAUGUUUGGCUGGCAGUGUACCUUUCUCUGAAAUGAGGUGGCCUAAUGCUCAGUGCUUCUAAGGUUUUCCAACCCUGUUUGGUUCUGAAGCAAGUAAGAUUGUGACUGGAAUAUUGAUAUCAUAAUGAUAUUUAAGCUAUCAGUGGUGUUUCAUGACUCCAGGAAGGUAUUUCCAAUACCUGAGUGUUUCCUCCUUACACCUCUGUCAGUGUGGAUGUGGUGUAACUGCAUGUCAAGCUGUCUGCGCCAUAAGACCCUCUUGCAGCCUGCAAAUACUUUUUUAUUCUACUCUCUGAUAUAAUGAUGUAGUGGUGUUGCCUUACUCUUCUGUUCAAAGAUGUCUUCCAUUUUUUCUUGGUUUCCACACUUCAUAAUAGGAGCAGAUUAAUGUCCUUAGUGUCCUUAGGACCUGGGAGCAGAUUAUAGAAACAGAAAUUAGUAUUUGAAAGCACAACGCAUGUACAUAAGAAGGAGGCUUGACGUGUUUUUUUUUUCACUGUAUGAGAUGAAGAUGUUGCAAUGCUAGCAUCUCCCCUUUUCCUGGAGUUAAUAUUCUUCUACCUAAAAGCUUCUGGUUUUUUUUGGACUUGGUUAUUUUGAGACAAGUACUUCUAGAAAUACUUUAAAAAAUGAGAUUCAAAUUCUGUUUUCUUCCAGGAUGUUUCAAAAGCUUUUUUUUAAUGUUAGAACACAUCUGCAAUUACUUUUUGCUACAGUUUGUACUAUGUGGAUAUCCUAUAGGGGGGAAAAUAUAUUUUCAUGUGUGAAUUUUUUGUAUGUUUGACUGUGGGGGCAGACAGAACUCCUGAUUAUUUUUGUCUUUUUUUUUUUAAAGAUCUUUCUGUUUAGACUGACUGAAAUAUGGGGAUAAAAAGAAUCUUUUGGGCUUAAAAUGGGAUAACAGGAGGUGUGAAGGCAUUUGCCUUGCAUCUUAUUGUUUUCCUGGUCUUCUAAGUCCUUCAUUUGUGCUACCUGAUUAAGUAGAAACAUGCUGUAAAGCAUCUGACUGCCUCGUGUACCCAGCGUUUCACUGUGGUUGUCUUGUAUUCCAGUAAUCCGUCUCUGUUCUUGGGGGGUUCAUAAAACAGUCAUGCUUUUAAUUUCUUUUUUGGUGCUGUAUCCUGUAGCAACAGAUUGUUUUUCAGUUGUGAAGCUUCGCGUUUUUGUUUGGAUAUGAAGAAAGAAGCCUGUAAUCAUCUCACAGUAGAUGCUUUAUGACUUUAGUUAGAAUAGUUAAAUUCAAGGAGAGCAGUUGAAUUAACCAGAUUUAGGUUGUUAUUUCAGUGUAUCUGUUUAUGUAUGGGCAUUCUGUUACGACAAUUUUUUCUCUUUGGCUGUGCACACCAGGCUUACUCCUGCUGUCUGCUGAAUAGUAGUUAAGUGAUUCAGUCAAUUAAUCUCUUUGAAUUUUUAAACUGCAAUUUAUUUCAAAUCAAUAAACAAUUUGCCAAAACUCUCCCACAUAGAUGAACAUUGAUUUUGUUUUUUCCCAUUAGGUAUGUGAGCUACUUGUAUUUUUACUCCUAAUGACAAAUCAAUUUCAAUGUUUCAAUGCAAUGUAACUUUGAUCUUCUUCCUUCACUGUCUGGGAGUAAUUUGAACAAACCAGUAACUAUUUUGCCAGUGCUGUAUAGAAUUUUCUUUGUCUGCAUUGCUAUA